AACAGGUACUUAUGACUUAUUUAGGAUCAGGAUAUACCUAAGUUAAGUACCAAUAUAUGAGGUGAGUCAAUCACAGAAAUUCCGCGACGGAUUAGGGUGCGUAACAACAACAGGUAGAUAUGGUUGUCAGUUUUAUGGCACGGGCCAUAUCAUAAAAUAGUUUAGACGCCACAUCACUCGUAGCAGGUAUGUUAAUCAUUGACAUUGGUGACUUUAAAUCUUAAGUUUCGUGAGUGAACUGGAUUAGUACUUAUUUUGUUUGCCUAUAAAAUAGAGAGGGAUUUUAAAUAUAUUAUCAGUCGUCAAUUGUCAUUCAGACAGUGAAAGUUAUACAAAUUAAAGAAGUCUGUUUUUAUAGUACAUCAAGUUUUGAAAAGAAAUGGAACCAAUUUACUCAAGAACCGUACCACCAUGCAAUUAUAUCAGAACAUCGGACUUCAGUUUAAGUGAUUUGAGCAUUUAUGUUGAUUCAAUGGAAACCUUAUCCCGAAUUGAACGUGAGCGGCAUGAACGUCGUCAACGUCGAAGGAACAACAAACUUAAAAUUAAAUCAGUAGUUGAGGUGCAUCCAGCUCCAAGGACCAUUAACAACAAUGAAGACAGCAGUGAAGAGGAACAGCAUCAGACAAAGCCUUGUCCCAUUAGCAAACAACAAUUGCGUAUGAAACUUUUUGGCAGCAAUACCAAACUUAGUUCCAUGAUGGUUGCUUCAAGUUCAGAUGAGAAUUACUUUAGUGGUGCCAGUGAGUCUUCUGAGGGUAAAAAUGAUCAACAUCAACAACAACAACAGCAGCAGCCGAAGACGAAUUUCAUGGAUUCCAAUGAUGGCAUUGCAACUCUUCCCCCUGAUAGUGGGACCGAAUCGGAAAGUGGCAAUUUCAAACUUCGUCCUCGUUCGUUUGCCAUGACCAAUCCCAAAUAUCGUUCCACUAGGGCUCGUAUUAUUGGAUUAGUUUUGAAGAGAGAGUAUGCGAAUGGCGGCAGUCUUGAUGAACUUGAACAACAAGAACGUCGUGAAAGAGUUCUUGAAGGACUGCUGCGUGAUAAGAAGAACAAAACAAAGAACACGAAAAAGUGUGAAAGUUUACGUUUACCAAAAGACACCACCAUCAGCCAAAGGACACUACUUCCGUGUAAAAUUCAAAAACAGCCCUCGGCAGAGAUGAGAUUUAUUGACAAGGCAUUGCGUUAUUUGACUUUGUAAAUUUAAUUUACGCAUCCCAACCCAGCGACCGAUGAUAAGAAGACAAACGGAGAAGUUGAGAGAUUCCAUUUUCAACUUCUUUUUGAAUAAUUGUAUUUAGUUUACAAAACCCAUAACCAGCAGCGUUCCAGUUCAAUUUGUAUUCUAAGAGAAUUGUAGUUUUAUAUAAUUCAAUUAAUUUUAGCUUUAAUUUUAAAAUACAUAUAUUUUGUACUUUAGAAUAAUAAUAAUAAAUAAACUUUUAUAAUUGAA